GUAUUUUGCCUCUUUAAAUCUGCAACUGGACUCUUGAUUCAUUUAAGACACAGAGCUACUGAUGAAGGAAGAGGCAGUGAGGUGUGGGAUGACAUGAGACAGAACUGUUUUGGACCUGAAGAUCAGACAGUGCUUGUUCUGUCCCUCGGUGCCAUUUCUAACCUUUGGAUAAAAGGAAGACUCAUGCCAUUGAACGUCAGACAAAUUUUCUGAGCUCUUACAAGAGUGUGACCUUUGGAAGAAGUUUGUAGGUCUCAUUCUAUUAAAGGAUCAAAAUCUUAAUGUGAAAUGAGUUCAGACUUCCGGAAACUCCUUUUUGACAUUUCUGAGGCUUUGGCUACAGAAGAACUGGCAGCCCUGAAGUUUCUCAGCUUGGAGCAUGUCCCUGUGAGGAAGCAGGAAGAUACUGAGGAGCCAAAAGCUUUCUUUGAAGUGCUGAAGGAGAAAGGGAUGAUUGAAGUGGAGGACCUGUUCUUCUUGAAGGAGCUGCUCUACCGGAUCAAUCGGAUAGACCUUCUGGCUUCCCACCUGGGCUCCAGCCGAGAGGAGAUGGAGAGGGAGCUCCAGGUCCCAGGGAAGGCAAAGGUAUCAGCCUACAGACAACUAUUAUAUGGAAUUGCUGAGGACUUAACUCCAGAUGAUGUCAGGAGCAUAAAAUUCCUGCUGCAAGAAAAAUUACCAAAGAACAAGCUACAGGAUAAUGCUUCAAUGUUGAAGGUAUUAGUGGAAAUGGAAAGAAAUGGGAUAAUUAAGGAAGAUGACCUAACUAUGUUGAAGAGUAUAUUAAAGGCAUUUAGAGCUGACCUAAAGAAAAAAAUCGAUAACUAUGAAGAAAAAACAAAAGGAAAUGAUCCUAAUGAAAUUCUGAGCUUUCCAGUCCGUGUGUCUAUGCAUCCACCAGGACAAGGAGCAGCACACCUGCUUGUGGAAUCAUAUAAGAUGGAAAAUAACCCCCAUGGUUACUGCGUGAUUCUGAACAACUACCGUUUUAAAAAUCCAAAUGAAACCAGAAAAGGAACAGUGGAAGAUGGAAAGGCUCUGAAGAGAGUAUUUAAAUGGCUUCAGUUUGACACAAUUGAGUACAUGGAUCUAGAAGCAAAGCAAAUCUUUGCAAAAGUUAAUGAAUACAGCAAAAAAGAUCAUAGCAACAUGGACUGUUUUGUUUGCUUCAUUCUUUCACAUGGUGAGAAGGGCAAAAUAAAAGGCGUUGAUAAUGAACUUGUAAAUAUAAAAGAUUUACUCUCCUGCUUCAGUGGAUCUAAUUGUCCUUCUCUUGCUGGCAAGCCAAAGCUAUUUUUCAUACAGGCCUGCCAGGGCUCUGUAGGUCAUCCAGCUGUCACAGUAAAAGAAGACUGUUCUGGUCAUCUUGAGACGGAUGCUAUCCCUGCGCUUUCUAUUCCUGACCAGGCUGAUGUUCUGGUUGGCAUGGCUACUGUGGAAGACUUUGAGUGCUACCGUUCUAUAGAGACGGGAAGUGUUUACAUUCAGUGCCUCUGUGACAAGAUGGAAUUACUUUGCCCACUUCGCAAGGAUCUCAUAACCAUCCUGACAGAAGUGAACAAGGAAGUGGGAAGAAGAGUAUUAAACGGGUGGAAGCAGAUGCCAAAGAUAACAUCAACCCUACGGAAACAAUUUAUCUUCCAAAUUCCACAAUGCCAGUCAAUUGAAAAGCAGAAAAAAUAACAAUGUCCUCGAUUAGGAAUAGCUUCUGGAAUGGACUUCCAGAGGGAAUUUAAGAGAACUUGCAAGAGAAUUUGUCUGGGUCUGUGUAGUUCGUUGCUGUCCUGCAAGGAGCCAUCUGACCUAAAUUUUUCAAAUGUGUAAUGUGUAAUGAGUCUUCUCAAACUUGAAUUGGUAGGUCUUCUAAGGCAAUGGAGGAGUAAAGACUUGCUUUCCUGUCCUGCUGAAGCAAUGAAAUCUAUUCAGCCCUGGUCUUAAGUGUGAGGAAGCACCUCCAACCAGUAUGAUUUUUAACUGUUAUAUGCCACUGGAAUUAUCAUUUCUAUCUGUUGAGAGAGUAAGUCCUUGAAAUCUGAAGAAAAGAACAGGAAGAUCCAGAGCGCCAGAUCCCUUCCCAGGGAACUUGUGUAACAGAUUUACACAGGACUGAGUGACUGGGUAUCUCUGGAAGGUGUGUAGUUUUUCACAGAAAAUAAUGUCUCUGUCUAGAAGGACAAAAGAAAAAUGAUUGUUAUAUAUCUGGUUCUUUUCCUUCACAUUUUUUUGUUUGCUUUAUGUUAUUAAUUUGCAUGGUUGGGCAGCAUUGCUGGCUAGGAUUUUUAAUAAUAAGUUCCAAUUGUGCUCUUUCUCAGAGUGCUUUGGAAGCAUUAUCUUUUGAAAGGCUGUUGGCCACUGGAAGUAAGGUCCCACUCCAUGAGACUCUCAAUUCUGAGAUGCUGUCACCUCCUGGCAACUGGCUGUAGCUUCUACUGGCUCCUAAUCUCUAUUGUAAUAAACACUGUUGGUUGUCACAUC